AUGGAGCCGCGGCCCAAGUUGAGAUUCAAGCGCCUCUCUUAUGCCGAGGUGGGUACACCCGAGAGCACUGUUACCCCUCACUCUGAACAGCAAUCACCUCCAGGUCUCCUGCCCCCACCUCCACCCCCUCAGCCUCGACACUCGGACCUCGACCUCUGGCAACAGCGCAUGACAGCUCGCAUUGCUGCAGCACUAGAGCGGGAGAAGAAGGCAGCCAGUGGUUCACUUAUCUAG